UAUAAGGUAUUUCCCCCACGAAAUUUGAAUGGCUAAAAAUAGCUCUGAGGUCGAUUGGUAAAAGCCCCUUCUUUUACAACGUAGGAUCGGGUUGUGUGAUUUCCCGUUAAUUCUGCGCCUAAAGAUGGCGACAGAAAUGACCAGAAAUAAUUCCACCGAGUCUUCGUUCUCUGUGCAUCAAAGUCUUGAACAGGAACGGGACAGCUAUAAAGAGAAAGUGGAACAUAUGAAAGUUCUAUUGAAACAAUGUCAAGCUGAACUACAUGCCUACAAGAUCCGCCACGGGGGAGUAGAAACGUUUUCAAGACUCUUACAAGAAUCUAAACAGGAAUGUGUUACUCUAAAUAAAAAAGUGAAGACAUUAGAGACAGUUGUUCGGAAUUUUCAAAGUAGAUUAAUAAACAAUGGGUUGUCAGCAAGUCUCAGUUUGGAGGAAAACGAUGUUUUUAUUCCCGGUACCUCGAAACAAGUUUUAGAAAACCUCUCGAGAGAAAAUUCGAGAUUAAAACAGCUUUUGAGAUCGUCCCCAAGCGACCCGGAAGAAAUUCCAACCUUACAACAGAAAGUCAAAGAGCUGACCCAGAAAAAUUCCACCCUUCAGCAACAGCUUGAGUCCAAAGUGUCUCGCUUGAAUGACCUCGAGAGAGCUCUGUCGAAUUCAGCUGAUGAAAAAGAUGCCCAGAUUCGGCGAUUGACCACAACAGUUGAGGAACUAAGAGAAAGCUCUCGUACGCGAGAUGUGUUGUGUUUAUCUCUCGCGGAGGAGAAAAACAACCUACAACAACAAUUGACGGACGUGGGGACACAGUGCCAACAGAUGGCUCUACGACUGGAAAACAGCAAAACCAAACAAGGGGCACAACUCAAGGGGUCAGACAAGUUGUCAGAGGAGAUUGAAAGACUGAGAGAAGAAAACUUUACACUGAAGUCCAAACUAGAAGAGGUAACAAAGAUGAACCAUCGCUGGCAAUCUUACAACACGAUGCAGGAGCAGAGAAUUCAGCAGUUGACCGCUGAAAUGGAGGCUAACCAGGCUUUCGUGGUCACGCCUGAGCGAGAGGAAUCAAUCAACCGUGCAUUAGAGGAGGCCAAAACAAAGCUGCAGUCAAUGGAAAAUCAGAAGAAGGAGUUUGAAACAAAGUUAAACGAGGCCUUGACGUACAACUCCCACCUGACACAGGAAGUAGAAAAACUCCGCGAGGAGAUGAAUUCUCGGCGGGAGGGAACCUGUCUCAGCAGCAACUCCGAGUCAAUCGAGGCUUUAAAACACCAAAUACAAAUAUGUACGGAAGACUUUGAAUAUGAAAGAAGUGAUAGAGAAAAAGCUCAGCACAGGAUAUCUCAACUAGAAGAGGAAAUGAGACAAGUUAAAGCUGAGAGAGAUCGAUAUAAAACUCGAAUAUCUCAGCUCGAGUCUGAAAAUAGCAAGAGAGAUUCAGUCGGCCGGAACCGCUUGCCUCAAGUAAAUAUGGAUUAUAACGUUCUCACCAACCAGUCUCUCUAUAAUGACUUCAAUCUAAAUCAGGUCAACCAGGGCUAUUCUAUGGAGACCCAGCUUGCUGCAAGAGGUCCCAGCCAUAGUCCAGAACCUAAGCCACCAAAGAGUUUACCUGUUGAUAGUUACCAGGUUAAAGGUCAAAGGACAAUGGAUCAAGGUCAUUCUGGUCAAACCGUCAGUUCUUCCUUGUAUACUGUGCAGAAUAUGAAUGAAAUUGACAGUCCCCAGCAAAUGGACAGUACUUCACCUUUGACCCAAACUAGUUUUUCUAAAAAUAGUCAUGAGUUUCCAACCCCUGAUAAAGGAGACUCUGACCUGGGUCUUUCACUUAAAGUUCCCUCUUUAAAUGACCUUGAUGAAAUCAACGAUUCAGAAAGUGAAACCGGUAACGGCCAAAUGUUGUCUUGUCCAAAGUGUGGCCAAAGUUUUAGUGCUGAUUGCCAUGCACAGUUAGUGGAACAUUUGGAUGUAUGCUGUGAUUGACAUUGACCUUUCUAACCUUUGACCUCUGAAUCAUACAUGUGAUGGUAUUUUGAUUUAGUCAUUUGGAUUAACAAGUGAAUGUGAGAUUUUGCAGUUUUUGUCGAGGAAGGAAGGGUUAAAUUUCGAAAUUCUGGCUUGAUUCUGACAUUUAUGAAAUUUUAUUAGUGAAAUUUUGGGAGAAAAAAUUCUAAGCAUCGAUUUAUAACAGUACAUAAAAAUAUCUCAACAAAAUACAUCUAUGAUGAGUACAUGUGUAAUUAUUUUGCAAUUCAUUCAUUUCAUUUAAUAGAUGCUCAUAAUAUAUAAAUAUACAUCUUGAGUUCAGGUACAUUGCAAUGAUGUCAAUCAACAUGGGACUGAAUACAAAUUAUGAAGAGUCUACAGAUAAAAUGUUUCAGAAAUCACACAUACAUGUAUUUAAUGGUAUAUAAUCAAUAUACAUGUAUAUCAUGGUGUGCAAGUGUUGUUUAACUUGUCAUGAACAAAAGUACUGGUAAACGAUAGAAGAGGUUUAUGUACGAAUUAUAUCAAUACUGUACAUACAGGGUUAUUUUCAUCCUGUGUUAUUUUCACUUAAGACUAAGACUUGCAAACAAUUUUGCACUGUUUUAAAAUUCGCCUGAUUAAAAUUAAUUUUUAGAAAAACAGUACUAUAUGUUCUUUGAAUUUGCCCCAUUUUAAAAUUUACCCACUUGAAACAAAAGGGGCAAAAAUAAAACACA